CCCGCCCUCCUCCGCUCUGCUCUCCUUCCUCCUCCCUGCCCUCCUCCGCUCUGCUCUCCUUCCUCCUCCCUGCCCGCCCUCCUCCGCUCUGCUCUCCUUCCUCCUCCCUGCCCGCCCUCCUCCGCUCUGCUCUCCUUCCUCCUCCCUGCCCUCCUCCCCUCUGCUCUCCUUCCUCCUCCCUGCCCUCCUCCGCUCUCCUUUCCUUCCUCCUGCCUGCCUGCCUUCCCUGCCUGCCUUCCUUUCUCUCCUCCCUCCUGGCAGCGCCCGGAGUCCGCCGGUGCCGGUCCCGCCCGGGCCGCCGUGAGGCUCCGGGAGGCAGCAGAGAGGCCGCCCCUCUCUGCUCUCCGGGGCUCCUCAGGCCGGUUCUCCCUCUGUUACUCACAUCAGACUCGGGAUUGCUUUCGAGAGUCUGAAAUCACGGCUGGUUGUUCUCAGGUCCACAGCUGUGAUCACAAGCAAGGGACAGCAGCGGGAUUUGCUCUCAAGCCGAUGCGAUGGGGCCAAGCAAAGCACCGCUGUUUGAUGAUGCGUUUGCAUUCUCCACCCAGCGAUACAGGAAUGAAGCAAAGCCUUUACAAACACAGCUUUUACUGCUGAGAAUGAUGCCACACGGUGUGGAAUAUCCCUUGGGUCAGUCAGCGUCAGCCAUCCCACAUGUGUCUCCUCCCAGCUUCUUGCCCACCCACAGGUUACUCACUGGUGGGCAGAGUGAGGAGCAGAAAAGGCCUUGAGCACUGCUUAGCAAGAAUGAAAACACUGGUCUGCUGUUAGCACUGUGUUCAGCGCAAAUCCAAAACAAUGCUGUCAUGACGGGAUACAUGCUAAUAUAAAAGAAGAUCCAAUUUCCUUACUGUUAGACACUUGAGUUGCAUCACCUGUGUAAAGUGUUCUGUGUAACAUCAGAUUUUUUUUUACACUUUGAACAGCUCCAGUUUAAUAGAAAUGUUCCUGCAGUUCCAGAGAAUUUGGCUCUCAGAUUCUCUCAGCCCCGCCCAAUUAUAAUAGAAAAAUUGAAGGCAUCCAGUGAUCAGAGAAAUCCAGCUGCAAGUGAGGACCCCAACCUGAGAAGCUCUGGCAUGUUCUCAGUGGUAUCUGAAGAAAAACUGAAACUGGCCAUUCAGUUGGCCAAAAGGGACAUCAAACGAAGACGUCUUGAAGAGCAAGUGAAACAGCAAGUGUUUGGAAACGUGGUCAGUAAACCAUUGUGGACCCAGAAGUCACAACAGCAGAAUACCAAAGUAUUUGCAACUCCAGGAAAUAAAAAUGUGCUGAAGUCUCAAACUCACUUGCCAGGUCAGCAGAGGCUUGACCAGCCUUCCCAAGGGGAGUCUACCAGCUCUGACAGAAAUGUUUCUCUCUGCGUAGCUAAGGAAGGAAGGCCAAGAUCAGCUGCUUUGGACUCUCUACCCACCCAUGACACAGGACCAGACCUCAAACCAAAUUUAAACAAGAAAGAACAUAAAAAUAUGCAGGAAGUCCGAUGUCUGCAAAAGGAAUUGAGGAACUAUAUUCAAAAAAUUGAAGAAAUGAUUAAAAAAGGGAGAGAUACAGAACUUUUAGAUCCUGAGAUCAAGCAGCGACUUUGCACUAGGAGACAGCAACAAGCUGCACGGUCAGCUCGGAUGCUGUAUGUGCUCCAGCAACAGGUAAAAGAAAUUCAGGAUGAUUUAGAGAAACUGAGUCCUCAUGCAAUCAAACACACUAAAAAGUCCCAAGCAGUAUCCAGGUUGGCAGCAGCACACAGAGGUGCUGUACGAACCUUGCAGGCAUUUGCCAAUCACUUCACAGAUCAAACAGACGAGCAGAUUCCUGCCCACUACAAGGAGCUGGGCAGUCUCAUUCGACAACUCUCUCUCUGCUCUGCCAAACUAGAAGGAGAUUCUUCCAUUUCUGACAUUAUCAUAGAUAUUUUGCUGCAAGUUGAGGAUCUGAAUUCACUGCUGGAAAACAAGCAAACACCAAAACCAGUGAAGAAAUGUAUUUCAGCUUCUCAGGCCAAAUCUCCAAGGAACAAUAAGACAUUUCCAGCCCAAAAGCAGCUUCUGUUUCCAAAAGGAGAAAACAAGCCUCUCAUCUUAAAGGGACAGUAUGGACAAGAGCCUAGAAAACCUCCGUGUGCCAGGAGUCUCUUGACUGCAGUUCAAAAGGCGAACAGUUGUGCUCAUAUGUUUCACGAUAAAUACCAAGAAGAAAGUGACCCACCUACUCCAGAGAGAAAUGCCACUUCACAGGGAAGCACAGAUGCCCUGGUGAGAGCUAGAGCUGUAAAAAAGGACUCUGUCCUUGGAAGUGGUCCUUUGGAGAAGAAAGGCAUAUUAUUGCUUGCAAAACCACAGGGAAUGCUGAAAUCUCUGAAAUCAAGACAGGUACGCCCUCGAGGAAAGCAUGCUGGAUUUCGAGAGCCAACUAUAGCUUUUCAGCUAAAAGAGACAAAACGACCUGCUAAGGAGAGCAGAAUUCCCUGCCCUCCUCCAAAGCCUCCAGCUCUGCCUGUUCCACCUAAGCGACUAGCGAGGCUUGAAGCGGAAAAUUCAAGAGGAGUGAAGGUUCUAACUGACCUUCGCAGAGGAGAAAUAAAAAAAAUACAAAAGUUAAGGUCACAAACUGUUUCUCCAGCCCCCUGUGCAGACAAAGCUGGGAAGGAGGUACAGGAGUGGUCGGAACCUCUGGUAGACAGCAUGCAGGUAGUACAGCAGGUUGCAGCAAAUGCAGAUAUUCUGAGUGAAAAGCUGUUGGAUGAUCUUUUGGAAGAUACUGCUCAAGAACUGUGGAGCGUGGAGCAGCAUGAGAGGCUCCAGACCAGGGCCCUGCCUAUGGCUGACACUCAUAGUAUAGAGUCAAUGUUGCACAGAAUGGAAGAAAUUGAAAGACACCGGGAGAGUGUCCGCAGGAGGAUCACCCAGGUCGUGUACACUGACUCCCACUUCUGGGCCCAGGAAGACAAAAUGGAGCAACAAAUGGCAUCAACAGCUAAAAGACUCACAUCUCCUCAUCCAAUUCAGAUAACCAAAUUAAUUGAACACACAGAGCUAGAAACAAACAUUUUAUUUGAAAAACCUUUUGAUGGCAAUGAUAUUGAUGAAAACAAAGAAGCAGAGGAGAAAUUGCAUACUGGAAAUGACAUUCUGCACCCCUUGGCUUUGAACUCUCUACAGAAAGCGUGCUCUGUGUCUCUGUCUGUGCCAAGCCAUAUGCUCCAGAGCAUCUUGGAUUAUAACAGCAGAUACAAGCAUCAUUUAAAGCUUAUUUCUCAUGAGGUGGUGGGCAGUUUCAACCCAUGGCAGAUUGCUGAGAGUCUUGCAGAGCAACUGACAGAAGAAGCCCUGUGUGACGUGGCAGCAGAGCUGCAGGAUGUUUGUGAGGACUGUGCAGAAGCUGUGUUCACAUCAGAGUUUUUGCAACCAGUGCAGUGAAUUCUUUCCCCCCUGCCCCAUCAACAUCAGCCUCAGCCUGACAGUUUGUGAGAUUCUCUGCACCAGAUCUUCAUCAAGGAUUCAUCUCAGGUUUUUAUAAAACCAUUACAAAUAGUGUUCUCCUUUUCAGAUGUUGUCUGACCACCAUGCUUAGCACAUACACUGGGAUGAGUUCUUUUGGGGAUGUGGCAAUCCAAGGAAGGUUUCUCGUGGCACAGCACAAGUAGAGGUAAACAUUUGCCACUGGCUGUACCCACAGACCUGCUUGGGCUCUUGCCAUUGCCUUCAGAAUGAAGUCCCUUAGUAUCUCUGGUACAUCAUGCAUAGACAAAUGAGACCUUUCAAUAGAAGCACAUUAUAGAGAUCUUUUUUUUUUUCCUUAAACUAGUCUAAAAUGUUAUAUUUUUAUUAGCAUUUAGUGAUUGAAACCCACAUUCCUUUCUCUUAAGAAUCCUAUUGAAAUCAAGAACAACAAAAUAAAUGAACAAUUGGCAUUUCUGCAACAUUGAAUUAACAUGUUUGUUUCAAGUAAUCAAGGUACUAGUUUGGGCUAUGUCUGGAGGGAGCACUGAGUAAUAAUUAUUUAUGUAGUAUUCUAGGGAAAUGCAAGUUCAACCCGUGAGGUAACCCUAAGAACAAUAUGACAGUCUGUUUCCUUUGUCAAAUAUUGUUCAACCUAUAACAGAUUAAUUUUUAACCUUCUAAGAUUAUUUUUAUUUCCUCUAAUUAGAACAUAGAUUUUAAAAAUAAUUUUGUUGUUAUUCAUGCCAUGUUUGCUAUUUUGUUUGUCUUGAAAUUUACUUCAAAUGUAAUGAUGUAAAUGUUACUGCACAUGUGUGACUUUGCUGAUACAUGAUUCUAUAACUUAAAAUAGUUAAUUUCUAAGAUUAUAGAGAUAAGCCUGGUUUAAGUAAAAAAUACUAAAGCCAUAGUGCCUCUAUGUAUGUGUAUAUAUGCUUGUGAAAUUAUUUUCAAGAUAUUUUAUUUUUAAUAAACAACACUUAUUUCUUA